AGGGCGGGGACCUCGCUGAGCGUCGGCGACUCGGAGCUGCUGGAUCGGUCCGAGAUGGCAGAGGUGGAGGAAACACUCAAGAGACUUCAGAGCCAGAAAGGAGUGCAGGGAAUCAUCGUGGUGAACACUGAAGGCAUUCCCAUCAAGAGCACCAUGGACAAUCCCACUACUACACAAUAUGCCAACCUCAUGCACAACUUUAUCUUGAAGGCACGGAGCACUGUGCGUGAAAUUGACCCCCAGAAUGACCUAACCUUCCUUCGAAUUCGCUCCAAGAAAAAUGAAAUUAUGGUUGCACCAGAUAAAGACUAUUUCCUGAUUGUGAUUCAGAAUCCAACCGAAUAAGCCACCAUCUCGGCUUCCUAUGUCAUUCCGUAAUUUAAUGUCCCCCAGAAUAAGUGUUAAUCAUGUCAGUGGGCACAUGGUGGUUGCCUGAGAGCCCAUGUAGACCAUGCCAUUGAUCAAGGGUAGCUCUGCCCACCCCAACAAGGAAUGUCUCUGGCAUCCAGCCAGUUCCUGGGAAAGCUUGGAUCUCAUUUCCAGGCUUCGGAGUAAGAGCUUAUGAUAAGCCCACACCCAGCUUCCUUCUGACCUUCAGUUCACUUUGUCACCUUUGGAAAGCCUGCUUUUUUCUUUUACUAAAAAUAACUUCAAAACCAAAA